AUGGCUCAAGUAAAUGGCAGCAACGGUGUCCUUCCAUCGAUGAUCAAGAAGCGAUUCCUUUCCAAGCCUAAUGAGGUGGGAGUGGUGGCCGUUGGUUUUGCUCAAGGGCAGUGCAAGCCCGGAGUCGAUGCAGGUCCUACUGCGCUGAUCGACGCCGGCCUUCUCCAGCAACUCCACGAGGAUCUAGACUACAAAGUGUCCUACGAUAAUACCGUCCACAGCUACUCCGACAUCGUCCCAACCACCGACCCAGACUUCCGCGGCAUGAAGAAGCCGCUAGCCGUCAGCGCCGCGACAGAGAAGCUCAGCCAGCAAGUCUACGAACAUGCGCGCGACGGCAAGUUUGUCCUAACCCUGGGCGGCGACCAUUCCAUCGCGAUCGGGACCGUGUCGGGGACCGCUAAGGCUAUUCGCGAGCGGCUGGGGCGGGAGAUGGCCUUGAUCUGGGUCGAUGCGCAUGCGGAUAUCAACACUCCGGAGACGAGCGGUAGCGGGAAUAUUCACGGGAUGCCCGUGGCGUUCCUGACGGGUCUGGCGAAGGAGGACCGGCGUGAUAUUUUCGGGUGGUUGGAGAAAGACCAUCUGAUCAACACGAGGAAGCUGGUGUAUAUUGGCCUGCGCGAUGUGGAUCGCGGGGAGAAGAAGAUUCUAAGGGAGAAUGGGAUUAAGGCUUUUAGUAUGCAUGAUGUUGAUAAACACGGCAUUGGACGAGUUGUUGAGAUGGCGCUGGCGCAUAUUGGAUCGGAUACACCAAUCCACCUCUCAUUCGAUGUGGACGCUCUCGAUCCGCAGUGGGCUCCCAGCACGGGGACUCCAGUCCGAGGCGGGUUAACUCUCAGGGAAGGAGAUUUUAUCGCGGAAUGUGUUCACGAGACCGGUAACCUGGUUGCGAUGGACCUUGUCGAGGUAAACCCAAGCCUGGAAAUCAUUGGUGCCAGUGAGACCGUCCGGGCGGGUUGCUCUUUGGUCCGCUGUGCAUUGGGUGACACUCUGCUCUGA